AUGCAAUGGCACGACAACGAGUCGAAGGAAGACGGCCUCGAGCCGCUGCCACCGCCGCCAGCUCCUCAUGCACCUCCAGACACACGUUUCCUGCACUUGGCUCGAUACCAAAUGACUCACGAGAGCUUACGUGAGCGCCAAGUUGAGCUCUUGCCGCCGCAGUCUCCUCCUCUUCAACACGCCCAUCCGCUGUCGGCACGACAGCACGACGACGACACCCGAACCAUCGCGGGCCGACCGACAAGAGACGGGGCAGCGAUCAUCCACAACGACCACCGAAAGAUACGGCGUCAACGGUCGAUUGCGGCCCGUAAAAACGACCCCAAUGUGCCAUUUCCAAGCCACGAACAAGGCAAAGCAUCCGCCACAACGACCAGUGUCCCUCGAAAGAGUGACACCUCAGAUGCAUCGGCGACCAAACCGACCACAAGUAGCUCUGAUGCAAUGGCAGUCCGGCGGCAACAGCAGAAGAAGACGGACGCGGCGCUCGAGACAGUGCUUCUCAGCGAAGAAGAAAAGGCCAUUGCGGCCACCGAAGCCAGUGCGAGACGCCACGACUUGUUGCCCACUGUCCGUCAAGCAGCGCGGGAGAGCCAGUGGCCCAACAGCAGGGGGGAUACGUGUGGCAGUGCAUUGGCACGAGCUGAAACGCGACGAGUGGGGAAGCAGCUGAGUGCCAAGUGGCUGCAGACGCGACGGGACCCUUCGAAUCGUCCCAGGGGACCACUCGAGCGGCCCGAAGAGCAGGAGCUGCGCGAGACGUUGUUCCGACCGACAGCGCGGAGUUUGCUGCGCUCAGGUGUGCUCUUUGACGGAGUCGACGCGACACGGAACGCGACGUUUGCACCGAUGCAGAGCGCUCGACUGCCUGUGGUGUCGAAGGGGAUCACUGGACUAGCAGGCUGUUGUUUCGAACGCACGGGGCACGAGCUCGAGCGAGAAAACAAUCGCUCGAGUGCUGGGUCUGUUUUUCACGCGGCAGGUAUGCGCUGA